UCGGACUGUACAUGCCAUUCAAAAUGACCUCUGGCACAAAACGAGGCCAAUACCGACGUUAAACAUCCGCGACCAAAAGUGACUUCUCACCGCAUUCAGAGAGGGGACCAGCAAGGACGAAGCCACGUUUUACCGUGAGCAUUUGAUACCCGAAGGGACCUGGCGAGGAUGGCGUCAAAAGGAGUCGGCCAUCUAGUCGACCAAACGUCACGGCAGUCGCGGUUCCCUCCCCCGGGUGGCCAGGCAGGCAAACUGAUCCUUCCGUUUGCCGACGACCUGCUCGCGUACGUACGAGAACGCCGCCGUGGGGAAAUGCAUGUUCGUGACUUCCACCUGAUGCGGUGGAUCCGGCGCAAUUACUUCGAGUGGAUCACUAUCUACCUCGAAUCGAAGUCGUCCAAAUCAACGGGAUACGACUCUCUCAGCCGUCUUCUCCAGCGCUUCUGCACCCAACAUCACCUGUCCCAACGAGUCUCAAGUGUAUCCAAAGUUCGACAAGAAGUUCUCGACGUUGUCUGGCUUGGCUACGCUGCGCACUUGUGGUUGAAGUCCUCUGAUCUCCUGGACGCGCAUGAAACAGGUGUCUACUUCGACAUGCCACCAGGCAAGACGUACGCUGAGGUGGGCAAGUCAUCGAAGGUGGGCAAGUCAAGCAAGGACUCCUAGAGGUUCACUGUCGUCCUAACGGAUGGUGUCAAGCUUCCAUUGAUCUUCAUCGUGAAGGGGCAACUAGGUGAUUUUAUUGAGACCAAGGAACUGCUUGGCUAUUCAUCGUCACACGUCUACACCGUCCAAAAGAACGCAAGGAUGGACGAUAGGGAUUGGAUGAUCUACUUCGAAGAGUUGCUGGCUUGAAAUGUUGAAGACGCGUUGGUCCUACUUGUGGACAAUUUGAAUUGUCACACGUCGGAGAAGGCGCACGACAAGGUAGCAGAGGCCAUGUUUAGUGUCAUCGAGCCCCUACCUCCCAACUCAACCAGCCGCUGCCAGCCGUUGGACCUCGGGGUUAUGGGCCCCUUGAAGGCGAUGUUGAAGACGGAGUGGCUCGUGGAAGAGGACGAUCAAGAGUGCGACACUUUGACAGCUGAACAGAAGCGUGCGGCAACAAUUCAUCGGACAAUUCGUGUUUGGAACAAAGUAUCUACUGAUACUGUGAAGAAGACAUUUGUGAAGUCGAUACCAUCAGUAAUUAAAUUGUAG